AAAGAUUCGAAUUACUAUGAUAUUAUAAUCCAAAAAGGUGCACAUAGUUGAGCUAUUAAAGUCUUGGUUUCAAGUUGACAGAGAGAAAGCCUGAAAUCUCAUCAGCUCAUUGAUACAUUUCCAAGCUAUUCUCCUUAUUUCUUUUGUGAGCUAUUACUCUUGUCAAAAUUGUCAAAUGAGCUCUACAUUUUCACUAGCAGCUAAGCCUUGCAUUAAAGGAAACGAUAGCAAAUUCUUGCAUGCAAAAUCUGUAGUUACAAGAGCUAAAGCUCAAGUGAUCACAGCUCCAAAACAAUCAGACACAAGUGCUUUUCCUCAGUUACUGACACAAAGGAUUCUUCACACUGAUAUUCAUGUGCGCCAAAUAGUUGAAAGGCAGUCUCAAGCUGACUGCUUAUUAGCCCAGCAAGAUCCCUGUAGAAAGCCAGAAUUCCACCCUUUGUUUCUUGAAGAAGCUUAUGCAAGAUGCAAAAACAUUUGUGCUGAAUAUGCCAAGACUUUCUAUCUAGGGACAUUGCUGAUGACAGAGGAGCGACAGAAAGCCAUAUGGGCAAUUUAUGUUUGGUGUAGGAGAACAGAUGAACUGGUGGAUGGACCGAAUGCAGGGUACAUGAGCUCAGCUGUUCUUGACAGAUGGGAAGAGAGACUGCAAAACAUCUUUGAUGGACAGCCUUAUGACAUGCUUGAUGCUGCACUGACAGAUACUGUUUUCAGGUUCCCUCUAGACAUUAAGCCUUUCAUGGACAUGAUUGAGGGUAUGAGAAUGGAUACAAAGAAAUGUAGGUACGAGGAUUUUGAAGAGUUGUAUCGUUACUGCUACUAUGUUGCUGGCACUGUCGGCCUUAUGAGUGUUCCUGUAAUGGGAAUAGCACCGGAAGCUUGUGUUUCUGCUCAGACAAUCUAUAGUGCAGCUCUCAACUUGGGUAUCGGAAAUCAGCUUACUAACAUUCUCAGAGAUGUAGGAGAGGAUGCUAUGAGAGGAAGAGUUUAUCUUCCACAAGAUGAGCUUGCGCAGUUUGGGCUGCGUGACGAGGAUGUUUUUGGUGGAAAGGUAACUGAUAGAUGGAGGGAGUUCAUGAAGGAGCAAAUUACAAGGGCAAGAUACUACUUCAACCUUGCUGAGGAAGGAGCCUCUCAGCUAGACAAAGCUAGCCGUUGGCCGGUAUGGUCAUGCUUAAUCCUGUACAGAGAAAUCUUGGAUGCAAUUGAGGAUAAUGAUUAUGAUAACUUGACAAAGAGAGCUUAUGUUGGAAGGACUAAGAAGCUUCUCACAUUGCCCUUAGCAUACACUAAAGCUCAAUCCCCACCAAGUUUGAUUCUUCAAUACCAUUGAGACAGAGAGGGGAGGGGAGCAUAUACAAAGAAAAAGAAAAGAAACAAGAAAUCUCUGAUCAAGAAGAGAAAUAGUAUAUAAAUGUAAUGCUAGCUAGGCCUGGACCAUGGCUGUAAAGUGAUUAUGAUUCAGUUGAGAAAGAUUAGUUUUCUUCUUCUAUC